UCUUUAUCAGAAGCCAUGCAGGGUGCUGUGGUGGUGGUGGUGGUGCUACUGCUACUGAGCUGCGGCACCAUCCAGCAGAUGAUCUUUGUCUUAGGAGAUCCAACAGCAGCAGAGCAGCACUGUCGAGAUUACAGCAGCACUUGCUCAGCUCUGACAGACACACAGGAGGUUGCAGCUAUAGAUGGGGUGACCAUUCAGCCCAGGAUCAGAGUAUCAUCCAGACCAGAAAAUCCCCCCCAAGACACCACUCUACAGGCUGGUCCCACUGAGCUGACACCCAGACCGGAUCCAGUGAGCAGCACUUCCCCUCUGACGUUACAUCCUGAUCCAGAGGAUGUAGACACCAAAGUUGUGGUGAAAACUCACGCUGACACAGACACUAAGACUGUAGGCUCAACCAAUGGAGAAACGGGUAAGGAAGUAAAUAAAGGUGGAGGUACUGAACCACAGCCUCCCAUUCUGACUGGAAAUGAGCAGUUUUCUAAUGUGCACCCUGACAUAUUAGGGUCAAUGAAGGAACCUUGGAGCACAGGAGGAAGGCAUCAACCAUUUGUUAAAGCAAAGGAGAAGUCCAGAACAAGUGAAGCAUCAGCCUUGGAAAGUAUUGAGAUAGUCAUUUCAAGCCUUCAUGUUCAACCUGAGAACCCCACAGCUCCAGGUGUCUUAUCAAGAGAUGCAGAAACUGCAAGUACGGAAACAUCUUUCUCCGAUGGGCCACGGUUUGCUACUAGAUCUACUCUUAUCUCAGGCCCCAUCACUGAAUCAAGGUUUGUCACUUCCAGCGUCUACCCUUCAUCUGAAGGAGGAGUAAGGGAGGCGCGACAGGAGGCAUCGCCAUUAGUCUUUAUAACUCCAGUUUCAGUGGACCCAUCAGCUAAACUCUCAAGUCAGACAGAAGGAAAUGUAACUGAGGACUUUGCUGUACCUCAGAAAGAUCCAGCUCCAAACCUGACUGUUUUAACUCCCACACUACAAAGUAGAGAAGCACUAAGUACUAGGAACAUUGAGGGUGAGACGGGUGAGAUAAAAGAAAAAGAGAAUAUGGAGGAUAGGUUGCAAACUGUUUCACCCCAAACAGAAACAUUACCACAACAACGACUUCCAGGUGGAGAGCAGGGGAGUGGGACAGAGACAGAUGAAGAAGAGACAGAUUUAGAGGAGGAUAAGGAAGUGCAAAGACAUGCAGAGCUGGAAAAAGAAAGUUAUGAUAAUGACACUGACAUUUCUAAGGAUUAUAAUCAGAACUCACCUGAUCGGAUCUCCCAGUUCAGCACUGAAGACGCCCUCAUCCAAUCAGAGACUGAACCCACACAGCAGCCUGUUAAAGCAGCCAAUCAGCCGCCUACAUACACAGUCAGACAUCACGGGGCAGAAUUAAGACCUGGGAUCAGAGGUCAAAGGGGGUUGCAGGGUCCACCUGGGCUAUCGGGACUGCCAGGGCCCAAAGGAGACAAAGGUUAUCAAGGCGUUAUGGGCAGGACCGGGCAGACAGGAUAUACAGGCCCCAUUGGUCCUCCUGGCAUGCCUGCCAUCGUUGUAUUUAAAACCUCUGAAGAAGAGUGGGAGGCUUUCAAGAAACUUAAGGGUCCUCCAGGGCCUCCUGGACCUCUUGGAGAUGAUGGACCAAUUGGGCCACCUGGAAUCACUGGGAAGCAAGGACGAAAAGGAGUUAAAGGGAAAAUCGGCAAUCCUGGACCACAAGGUAUGCCGGGUCCCCAGGGCCGACCUGGGCAAGACGGGACCCCAGGAGAGGACGCUGAUCCGGGCCCUGCAGGCUUACCUGGAGAACAGGGUCCCCAAGGCUACAGAGGAGAGAAGGGCAACAAAGGGGAGCUGGGUGAGUGGGGUUAUCAUGGGGAGGCUGGACCGCAGGGAAACAAUGGACAAAAAGGAGACAAGGGAGAGAUUGGAGCUCAAGGCUUUGGUGGACCACCAGGCCCACCUGGCAAAAUGGGCCCCAGAGGAGUAAAAGGUGUCUUAGGAGUUAAAGGACCUCCAGGUCAUCAAGGUGAAGUCGGUGCCAGAGGCGCAGCUGGACCACAGGGAGAGCCUGGUCCUGAUGGAGAGGUUUGGUUUCCCGGUGUCCGUGGCCCUCAGGGAACUCCAGGACCAGAUGGACCUCCAGGUCCUAAAGGAGACCCUGGUGAUCCAGGAGAUGAAGGGGACAUCGGAGAACCUGGACCCCCUGGACUUAAUGGAGCCAAUGGGAAUCCAGGAAAGCCUGGACCCUCAGGUGAUCCUGGGGCAAAAGCCAAGCGAGGUGAGAAGGGUGUUCCAGGGUUUAAGGGAGACCUGGGAUCUCCAGGGCCUCCAGGUAAGCAAGGAUUUAAAGGGCGUCGAGGCCCUUCAGGACUUGAGGGAGUCGGAGGACCAACUGGGUCACCAGGACUUCCUGGAUCCAGUGGCUUUGAUGGCAUCAUGGGGGAGCAAGGGAAGCAGGGAAAAGAUGGACUGAAGGGAGAUCGAGGGCCAACCGGUAUUCAAGGAGUUCCUGGGCCUCGAGGCGACAAGGGUCGAGAAGGUCGAGCAGGAUUUUCUGGGUUGCCAGGUCCAAUUGGAGAGAUGGGGAAAUCUGGAGAGAGAGGACGUGAAGGAGAACCUGGUAUUAAGGGAACAUCUGGAUUCCUCGGAGUGACUGGACCUAAAGGCCUAAAGGGAUUUCAAGGUCCUUCAGGUAACAGGGGACAGGAUGGACCUCAUGGAGCCCUGGGACGCAUUGGUGCAAAUGGAAAUAAUGGUGACACUGGACCUCCAGGACCAAAAGGAUUGCCUGGGAAGACAGGCGCUCCUGGCCUCCAAGGACCCGUAGGGACAAGUGGAGAAGCUGGCAGCAGAGGAUCAAAGGGGACACCAGGAAAGCAAGGACAGAGAAAAGCUUGGGUUUGGGUAUCCAGGGUAACAUUGGACCAUGGGGUGAGGUCGGGCCCCGUGGCCUUCCAGGUGACCAGGGGCCACAAGGUCCUGUUGGCCCGCUUGGAGUUACAGGUUACCCAGGUAAAGAUGGACCUCAGGGAACAUCUGGAUCCGCUGGUGUCAAAGGAGAUAAGGGAUCCAGAGGAGCUUUGGGGCAGGAGGGAGUUGCUGGUCUCGAUGGGUCCAGUUGGACUGAAGGGACCUGAGGGACCAGCUGGACAAAAAAGCAUAUCUGGUGACAAGGGAAACACUGGGCCUCCUGGACAGAAAGGGCCAAAGGGAGCUGAAGGCAACAGAGGCAACCAAGGACCACAGGGAGCAAAGGGGCCACCAGGGAAACAGGGGUACAGGGGUUCACCAGGGGAUCGAGGAAAACAUGGAGUGCCAGGGCUCAAGGGUGAGCCAGGUACUAGAGGUUCAUCAGGCAUGCCUGGACAGUUCGGACCAGGGGGCAACACUGGAGCAGCCGGGGCCAAAGGCCAGAAGGGGCUCCGGGGACACACUGGCCCCCCUGGCAGUAUAGGUCCCGCUGGACAAAUUGGACCAUCAACAUCAGGUUUGCCAGGCAAGAGAGGUGUUGAGGGAAAAACUGGAAUCCCUGGACCAAAGGGCAGUCACGGUGAGGCGGGCAAGCUCGGUCUUCAAGGCAUCAAAGGAGACAUGGGCAUUAGAGGUCAAACAGGGGCGAAAGGAGAGCCAGGGACAAGAGGCACAAUGGGGACUGUGGGGAAGAUGGGGUUCAUUGGCACUUCAAGUGCUAAAGGUCGACCUGGACCUGCUGGUCUUCCCGGUCUUCUAGGAACUAAAGGAAUCCAGGGGCCAAAAGGAAAAGGAGCCCAGCCUGGAAGGAAAGGAAAAAAAGGAACUCCUGGAAAAAAUGGAGCUGAAGGCCCGCUGGGUAGACCAGGACCUGUUGGACGACCUGGAAAACCCGCAAGUAUCCCUUUUGGCAAAUAAAACAUACAUAUAUCAUUAAAUCCAUCACCGCUACCUGAAUUCACCGCUCAUUUUAAGAAUAAAAACAAACAAACAUGCAAACCAAAAAGUUUAUGCUGCAUCCUAUGAUGUAGUUGUUGAUGUAGGAAUAUGUUGACAAUUGGUUUCUUGUCUUAAAUGACUUAUUAUUGGCUGUCGACUCUGGACACUGCUGUGUGCUGCUGGACUUAAGUGCAGCCUUAACACUAUUGAGCACAAUAUUUUUAUUGAAAGAGGAAUGGGCAGGAAUCACUGGAGUUGCUCUGUAAUGGUUCUCCUCGUAUCUGCAAAACAGGAAAUAUUUUGUUCAUAUUUUUAUUCACCCAAGCUUGUUUUGUCAAUUAAGAAAUAUCUCCAAGAUUAGACACUUGCUCACUUUUAAUGACACAGAACAAAAUC